UCGGGGAAGGGGCGCAGGUGGCCGCCAUCUUGAGCUGUGAAUCUGGUUGCUACGUUCAACGCUAGGGGCGGAGUGACGACCCCGCUGUUAACCCGCAGCAGACACCGCAGCCUGAGAUUGGAAGUCAGGGCACCGGCUAGUGGCACAUUAAUGGAUGCCAUGGCUAGUCCAGGGAAAGAUAACUAUAGAAUGAAAAGUUAUAAGAAUAAAGCCCUUAAUCCCCAAGAGAUGCGUAGACGAAGAGAAGAAGAAGGAAUACAGCUUCGAAAACAAAAAAGGGAAGAACAGCUGUUCAAACGCAGAAAUGUCUCUUUGCCCAGAAAUGAUGAAUCUAUGCUAGAAAGUCCUAUUCAGGAUCCGGAUAUCAGUUCCACUGUUCCCAUUCCAGAGGAAGAUGUUAUCACCACAGAUAUGGUUCAGAUGAUUUUUUCUAAUAAUGUGGAUCAACAACUAACAGCAACACAGAAAUUUAGAAAGCUGCUUUCUAAAGAACCUAAUCCACCAAUUGAUCAAGUUAUACAGAAACCAGGAGUUGUACAGAGAUUUGUGAAAUUUCUUGAAAGAAAUGAAAAUUGUACUUUACAAUUUGAAGCUGCAUGGGCAUUAACUAACAUAGCAUCUGGAACAUUUCUGCAUACCAAGGUAGUGAUUGAAACUGGGGCUGUCCCAAUUUUUAUCAAACUUCUUAAUUCAGAGCAUGAGGAUGUUCAAGAACAAGCUGUUUGGGCACUUGGUAAUAUUGCUGGUGACAAUGCAGAAUGUAGAGAUUUUGUUUUGAAUUGUGAAAUACUUCCACCUCUUUUACAGUUAUUAACAAAUUCAAACAGACUUACAACAACCAGAAAUGCUGUAUGGGCCCUCUCAAAUUUAUGUAGAGGCAAAAACCCUCCUCCAAACUUUAGUAAGGUUUCACCUUGCUUAAAUGUCCUGUCGCGAUUGUUGUUUAGCAGUGACUCAGAUGUACUAGCAGAUGUGUGUUGGGCCCUUUCUUACCUAUCCGAUGGACCCAAUGAUAAAAUUCAAGCAGUCAUCGAUUCUGGAGUCUGUCGAAGAUUGGUGGAACUUUUGAUGCAUAAUGAUUAUAAAGUUGUAUCACCUGCAUUAAGGGCAGUUGGUAAUAUUGUGACUGGUGAUGAUAUUCAAACACAGGUAAUUUUGAAUUGCUCUGCAUUACCCUGUCUCUUACACCUAUUGAGUAGCCCAAAGGAGUCAAUAAGAAAAGAAGCCUGCUGGACCGUUUCUAACAUUACUGCUGGAAAUAGAGCUCAGAUUCAGACUGUUAUAGAUGCAAAUAUUUUUCCCGUUUUGAUUGAGAUUCUUCAGAAAGCAGAGUUUCGCACCAGAAAAGAAGCAGCUUGGGCUAUAACUAACGCAACAUCAGGAGGCACUCCAGAACAAAUAAGGUAUUUGGUAGCCUUAGGCUGCAUUAAACCACUUUGUGACCUAUUGACUGUUAUGGACUCUAAAAUAGUCCAGGUGGCUUUAAAUGGACUUGAAAAUAUUUUACGUCUUGGAGAACAAGAAUCUAAGCAGAAUGGGAUGGGUAUUAAUCCAUACUGUGCUCUCAUUGAAGAAGCAUAUGGUCUAGAUAAAAUUGAAUUUCUGCAAAGCCAUGAAAAUCAAGAAAUUUACCAAAAGGCUUUUGAUCUGAUUGAACAUUACUUUGGUGUAGAAGACGACGACCCCAGCAUUGUACCUCAGGUGGAUGAAAACCAACAACAGUUUGUCUUUCAGCAGCAGGAAGCACCAAUGGAAGGGUUUCAACUUUAGCUUUGUGGAGGAAAAAAUUCACGGAUAAAAAGUGUAGUUUCAGAUAUCUCCUCUU